AUGAAACGGUUUGGUAGUUGUUUGUACAGGAAUUACAACUAUACGUUAUGUGAGUACAAUUGUUUUUUUAUAAUAUGUCAAAUAAGUAGUAUAUGAAAGGUACCUAUUGUAAUACCUUUUGUAAAAAAUACAUUUAUGUUUUUAUUUUUGUUUGUUUUAAUGAAUUGUGUUUUUAGCUAAAAGAUAUGUUUCUAUGUCAAAAGAAUUCGAAAUCAAAAGUGAAAUAUUAGCCUACCAAAACAACUUAUUUGACAAAGAACAAAAACGACAAAGAGAAGCGGUUGGUCGGAUUGAAAAAAUCACAGUUAAUUACAAUGGUCCACCUGAAAAUGUCGUAUUAUCCAUGAACAAAGGAAUUUCAACACCCUAUCAUUGCGCUAAACGUAUGAUAAAUUAUUAUUUAACACCUUAGUUUCUCAUUUAAUAUUUAUUUAUUUUUAGAUAUAUCCGAAAUGUUGAUUAAAAGAAGUGGACUUGCCUUAAUUGAUGGUAUACAUUUAUGGGAUAUGCAUAGGCCGCUCGAGUCAGAUUGCGAAAUUAAUUUUAUGCAUGCCCAAUAUCUUCCAGAUCCAUAUCAUUUCAACAGAGCAUAUUGGCGUAGUUGCUCGCUUAUUUUAGGAGCUGUAAUCACUAAAGCUUUCAGAGAAGACAUUUUACCAACAUUACAUAGCUUUCCUUCUCCUAAUGGUAAUUAAAGAUUUAUAUUAUUUGUGUUUACAUGUUUGAUUUAUGAGUUUUAUAUCAUCCUAUUAUUUAUAUAUAAUACAAUGUAUAGCUCUUACUAGUUAGUUUGUAUAUUCUGUACUUUGGUUUAACGCCCAAACAUUAUCGUUUUAAUAACAAAUUUACUAUAAAUAUUUUUAAAAACUUAGAAGAAAAUAAAUGUUUAUUCUUUUGUUAGUAAAAUUAAUUUAUCUAUAAUUACAAAUAUUAGGUUGGUUUGAACUCCUGAACACUCAAUUGAUGACUUGGUUUUCUCUGUCUAAAUGAAUCUCUUCAUUAGCUUAAUUAUUUCAAUCAUUUUAACACUCAAUAUCCAUACAUUUUAUACUUGAAAGUUCUUAGUUUCCUUGUACUAACUGUGUUUAUUUUAUAACAUUUGUUUUUAUUUUGAUAUUAGUAAAAAGUGGAAGUUUUGUUUAUGAUGUGGAGUUGUCAAAUUUACCAGAAUGGUCACCAUCAGAUAAUGAACUUAGAAUUUUGUCAGCCAAUAUGGUUAAAUUAGCACAAAAAUCAUAUCAGUUUGACAGACUUCCAGUUUCUGAAGAACUCGCAUUAGAUAUAUUUCAGGACAAUAAAUUUAAAAAAGAACAAAUACCAAAUAUUGUUCAACAGUCAGUUGGUAAUGUUAAAUUAAUAUUUUAUUAUUUUUAUUUGAUAUAAUAAAACUGGCCAUGAUAAUACUUAUGGCUUAGAUAAUUUAUCUUUAAAAUAUUUAUUUAUUUAUUUAUUAGAAUAUAAACACUGAGUGGUAAUUACAAAAACAAAAACUUAAAUAAUUGAUUAACAAACAUAGUGAAACAGUACAAAAUAUAAGAGAUAACAAUAGUUAAUAUUAUAAGAGUACAAAUAUUAUAGGUUGUAGACAGAGGUUAAUCCAUCCUAAGCAUCCUAUGCAGUGAAUGAUUAUGGUUGUACAUAGUUGAGUGAGCUGGAAUAUAAAAAGGAGUUUGGUUCCUGGUAUUGUAUGAGGGAACUUUAAAAAGACACACUAGAGAGAAGGUCAAUUUAAACUAUUUUUUAAUUGUUUACACUGUAUUCAAAUCAGAACAAUACUAGUUUAUUCUCAUAAAUUCAUACAUGGCAAAAUAGAAAGGUAUCAUUACAGUGUCUCACAUUUUUGUUCAGUUUGCGCAUCUCCUCCACACUUGGCUUAUGUUGUAGUUCUACAUUAUUAUCAGCAAUGCUGUAUUAGCCAAUAAAAAAUAGGAUACUAUGAUAAUAGGUAAAAUGAAGAAAUAUUUGAACCAAUGUGUGUAUCAAAAAUACAUAGGUAUGUAAUUAUACUUAUCUAUUCUGUCAUAGAUUCAUAGUUGGACUAUAAAAUAAAAUUCAAAAACUUUGUUUAAAAUUAAUUUUCUUUAACAUAAAAUUAUUUUUUUUUUAGAUAAAAAAGUGAUAUUAUACAGAAUUGGUGACCAUAUUGACAUAAGUAGAGGGCCUAUGCUUGGUAAUACAGACUUAUUAGGGCGCUGUACUAUUGCUGCGGUAUGUUAAUUUAUUCUCAAUGUCAAUUAAUAAUUUACAGUGAAACCUAUUAUAACAGACACCUGUAUAUAACAGAAACCUCUCUUAACAGACAAAAUAAUGAGGCUCUGUUUAAAAGAUAGGCAUUUAAAUAUAUUUUGACUUUUCUAUAACGGACUCUUUUUAAUUACUAACACGGAUAGUAAUAUUUUUCCCCAAUAUCUUAACAUCAGACAGCUAUCUUAAUUCAAGGUUAAAUAUAUUGUAAAUAUGUACAUGCAUAUCAUGUAACAGAGUUGCUCUUCUAUUUUUAAUAGUGAUUAUGACAGAUUACAUGUUUGAUAAUAAGGAUAAAGUUAUUGCCAGGACAAAAUUUACCAAAAACUCAUAUAAAACGUAAAAACUAUUCAAUGCUUAUUCCGUAUUGCUUCGUCAUUAUAGUGGUUUUACAUUUUUCUCUGUUCGUUUUAAUUUUAGUUUCUAAAUGGAGUGAGGAAUAUAUUAAUUUUACAAUGAUACUAAUUUUUUUUUUUUUCUGUAAACAACUUUUGUACUGAAAAAUUUGGUUCAAAAUGUAGCUCUUGGUCUGUAUGGUUCCAUUGCUGUCUGUUAUAUAUACAGAUUUCACUGUAUCUAAAAUCUACUCCAUAUUCAUAAUAUUUCUGUAUUCUAAAAUAGGUGCACAGAUUAGAGACUAAAGAUGGUAAUCUGUAUAGAUUUCAAGGUGUUUCCUUGCCUAAAAAUAUUAUGGUAAGUAUAGUUUUAUAUUUAGUUAUUAUUGUGUAAUGAAUUCUAUUAUUUUGUUUCCAUUACAAAAUAUUUUCCAGAUAUAUUUUUAGAUUCCGAUGAAAGGAAUUUAUUGGUUUUACAAUGAUUAUUAUAAUUUUUUUUUAAAUAUUCAUUAGUAAUGGUUGUUUACUGUUUAGUAUUUAAAAUUAGAAAAAUUGUUAUAAAUGAAUCAAAGUAAAAAAAAAAAAAAAAUGUCAAAUUUGCUUAAUUUUUUUCUACAUUUUUCUCAUAAUUAAAUAUUUGAUCUUAUAAUUUAUUCUAUUUUCAGCUUAACCAUUUUGCUUAUUCAAUAUUAGAACAGAGGGCUAAAAAAAUAGUAAGUAUUUUAAUUCUAAACUGAUUCUUUAUUGUGUAACAUUAAAAUUGUUUAUAGAAUGCAGCCAGGUUACCCGAUCAAUAUUUGAACGAUUUGAACGAUACAUUUGUUCCACAAUUUGUUGCUGAAGAAACGAUAGCUUAA